AUGGCUGAAGCUGAAGCUAACGUCAACCCAAAAGCGUAUCCACUGGCGGAUGCAGCUCUUACUGCAAAGAUUCUAAAUCUCGUGCAACAGGCUGCUAAUUACAAGCAAUUGCGAAAAGGCGCCAAUGAAGCUACUAAGACCCUCAACAGAGGUCUCUCAGAGUUCAUUAUAAUGUCAGCGGAUGCAGAGCCAUUAGAAAUUGUAUUGCACAUUCCUAUAUUAUGUGAAGACAAGAAUGUGCCAUAUGUUUUUGUACGAUCUAAGCAAGCUUUAGGCCGAGCGUGUGGUGUUUCUCGGCCUAUUAUUGCCUGCUCCAUUACCAUUAAUGAGGGUUCACAGUUAAAGCCCCAAAUUCAAAGCAUUCAGCAAGAAAUUGAAAGACUUUUAGUUUAA